AUGGCUCCCAUGCUCUUUGCUGUUCUUACUGCUCUUGCAGCCACCGCUUCUACUGCUGUAGUCGAGCGUCGCGAUCGCACUUGCACUGUCGAGUUCUAUUUGCGUCGGACUCAGAACCCUCUUGUCGGCGGAGAUAAUACGCUGACAUGUGCUGUCUACCUUGACUACGGUGACAGCCGAAAUGAUAUCCUCGCUUCACAAUGCAACCAGAUCUGGCACGGAAGCGAUCACUGCUACCACUCACAGCUACCAUACUCCAUCUGUAUCCACGCCUACAGCGAAACUGACGGCUAUAUGGAUUACGGUAGUGAACACAGGGACUUUAACGGGGAUGGCUGUAAGCAGGACAAGUCCGCAAGCAUUUCUGGGGAUAGCCAUACCAUUACUUGCACUUUCCCAUGUACCUAG